CUUUUUAUUUGGGUAAACUGCAAUCGUAUCAAUGGUAUGCCGAACAAACAGAUGGACGCAUUUCUAUUCGGCUUUGGCUGACGAAUCUUGACCAUAUAAUCUACUGCAAUCUCCUGUUUUUCUCAGUGCAGAAAUCCAUCACUUUAUUCAUUUCACGGUAUAUCAUAUUGCAUAAAUUUAAAGACUAUCCUUUUUUGUCUCAAUGGAACAAGUCCGAGCCGAGAGAGCCUCUGAUGAGAGGCGUGAAUCGCUUCAGAACCAAGGUCAAAAGCGAAAUAUCGAACGUACAGGCAUCGGUAAUCCCAAUUCUGGACCUUUUCCAAAGCGACAGCGAGAAUCCAAACUCUCUGAUGAACAUGCAGCUGUUGAAGCUACCAAUAAGUUCGCCGAUUGUAAUAACCCAGUGGCUUUUUGGGCAAAAGAAGGAUUCUGGCCUCUCGGAUACGCUAGGCAUGGUAGAGAACAUAUACUGGCACAAAAGCGCUUGACAGAAUCCUUGGCGUUGAGCGAUUCCCCGGAAGAUUUAGCAGAUGCCUCGAUGUCGGAAAUUGAAGAUGAUUUAGGAGAUAGAGAAGAUUUAGAGAGUGAUGGUUGGCCGCAUGAGGAAAAGUUUGCCUUGUACGAACAUCUUGAGACUAUGCUCGAUAAAGAGCGCAGCUUUAUUGGCGAUUCAAUCUUGGGUGCUGACCCUAAGAUCACGGAGCUUUGCCAGAAGUGGCUUGAGGAAUAUCAGGAACUUCCUGAUGGACUCGAAACCAGCGUUGACUUUUUCGAGUCUCUCGUACAGGAUGAUAAAACUGAGCUCGAUUCCGCCCAACUGUUUAGCUCGCACCUCAUGCCCUAUGAAGGGAUUCAAAUUCUGGGCAGAAGCUUUUAUAGAGGCUGGAACAACUCGGUUCCUUUGACUGAAGUUCGCCCGCAGCCUGACUUGACCGUUGGAUUUGCCCUAUGCGAGUUUUCCCAGGAUCAGCUCAACCGACUUCUUCCGUUCAUUGGCGAAGAUCCUGCUCAGUAUCGUUCUUUCUUCAUGGCCACAGACCAAAUAUGCUUUCCCUUCUUGACGUACGAGAUGAAUGAUGAUUCUAUAGACGAGGCAGACCUUUUGAACGCCCACAACAUGACUCUUGCUGUGCGUAGCAUGGUGGAGCUGUUUCGUCUUGUUAACCGCCAGAACGAACUUCAUCGGCAGAUUAUUGCCUUUUCUCUCUCUCACGACUGCACAUCGGUGCGCAUAUAUGGUCAUUAUGCGGAAAUUGAUGGAGAGAUAACCAAGUACUACCAUCAUCUGAUCCACAGCUACAGGUUUGAACAUGAGGAUGAGGAGGGCAAAUGGGCGGCAUACCGGUUUGUGAAGAACGUGUAUGAGAAAUGGGUGCCUGGCCACUACGAGAAGAUUUGCUCGGCCAUCAAUGAGCUGCCGUUGUUGGGAUCCAAUUCUGAGGCGAUUUCCAAGCACAAAUGGGAUCCUAUAUCGCAAUUACCUGAUGCACUUGCUCAUCUUGAGAUAGAGUAAUAUGGAUCUGCUCAGAAUUGUACAUCUAUAUCUCUAUACCGCCGUAUAUACAUCGUAUAUUACGUAUAUAUGACCUGUAUAUAACGAACACUCUUUUAGUAUAUUAUAGCUGGUUUGAAUUUUAAUCUGUUUACCAAGUUGGUCUUUUCCAUUUA